AUGAAGCUCCAGACUACCCUUCUGUUGAUCUGUCUAUUGAGGACAAGCAUUACUCUUCCAGUGCAGAUUGGAAUUCUUGCAAGCAACAGCAAUGAAAUCCUGAGACUGAAUGGACUAACUCUUGCAGCUCUUGGACAAACACAGGGAUCUUCAAUAUUACCCCAAUAUGUGCUGCAGCAGCAGCAGCCUGAGGUGCUGCUCACUCCACAGGUGGUGAACUUAAACCCUCAAAUGGCCGGUCCCUUCAGUCCCCAGGGGCCCCAGCUGUUUCUCCCCAGCCAGGGCAACCAGUUUACGCCUAUGUUCAUCCCCAACGGCCAGCAAGAGCAGCUUGGGCCUCCACAGGACCCCAACGCUGCUAAUGUCCCUCAACAGGCCCAGAACCCUGUUCAGAUGUUUCCACAUUUCCAGUACCCGUCUUAUGGAUUCCCUCAGUUUCCCAGACAGCAGGGAUUCUCUUACUUUAUGCCUCCGUACGGCUAUCCUCAGCAGAGGAAUACUGCAGUGCUGCAGCCAAACAAUGGUCAGCAAACCCUGGAGAGAACCACACAGAGACCACAGCUCCCUCUUCAGCAGGCUUCCCAGCCUAAGGUGCAAACAGAAAAAAAAGAGUCUACUACAAUUCCUCCUGAUCCUCGUGGCGACACAUCUGGCCCAGGGAUUGAUGAGGGUCACUCCAACUUCCCCUUCCUGUUUGAGCCUUAG